AUGAAGACACUAUUUCCAUCGCUUUCAGCAUUCCUCCUGCUGUGUGCCGAGUGGGCCAGUGCAGACCAUCCCGGAAUACCGGAUGCUCUCGUGGAGGCAGCGCCGUUCUCGCAAUUCAAAAACGUAGCUAUACUUGGGGAUAGUUAUGCUGCUGGAAUAGGGGCCGGGAAGCUCCUGGGAAGCAAGGAAGAUAAAAAGUGUUCGCGCUACGACGGCGCAUACGGUCCCGUUUUAUUGUCGCUAUCCAAGGAUAACAAGCCUAAAUCUCAGUUCAUUGCCUGCUCUGGAGAUACCUCAGACGGCAUCAAGAAGCAAGCCGAAUCUUUGGACGACAAGUCUCAUGAUCUGGUAACGUUGUCUGCAGGGGGGAAUGAUGCCCUCCUUUCAACCAUUCUGAUGAAGUGUAUCCUUCUCCCAUCAACCGCUAAAAGCUGUGAUAACGCCCUUGCGGAAUCGGAAACGAUUAUCAACAACAAGCUCCAAGGCAAUAUCGAGGGUCUCCUGAAAGUGGUCAACAAAAAGAUGAAGGACGACGGCAUCGUCCUAUAUACCCUCUAUGCAACUUUCUUCAAUUCCGAAACAGACAAGUGCGACAAUGAGAGCUGGAAUUUUCUUGGACCGGUAACUCCAGGGGGAGUAGGUAGCCUGAAGUUAACGAAAGAUCUCCGCAGGACAUUCAACAGGCUAGUAACGAAGGCGAACGACAAAAUUUCCAAGGCCAUCAAGAACGCCAAUAAAGACAAACGCGUCAAAGUGGUGCCUGUCGCUUGGGACAAGUAUGUGGUUGAAUCGAAGGGGCGGUUCUGUGAAGAAGACCCAGAUAGUAAGAACAAGGCAUUUUUCCAGCCCAAAAACCCGCUCCCCAUAAAGGCCGUCGAGGAUGAUGCCGAGAAUCCCAACCCUGCCGAGAAGGCUGCUGCGAGUCCCAACCCUGCCGAGAAGGACAUGGAGGUUAUCCAGAAGCGUGUACCAGACGGCAUCGGCAAGGUGUUCCAUCCCAAUGAACUCGGGCAAGGCAUAAUUGCGACACACGCAAUCUUGGCUUUGUAUCAAGCACUGGAACCACCAAAAGUUUGCAAGGUGAAAACGCCGAAACCAACAUGUAACAUGGACUGGGCAUCCGAGUUGCCAUUCAACGUUUUCGACAAGACUUAUGCCAAUUUCUGCAAAAGAGUAGAAUCCAUGUCAUAUUUCCCUCUUGAGAUGAAGGUCAAUUCAGACGGAAGCAAUGUGAGCCCCCCUAUAGUCGUCCAGGAUCCUUCGAAUUAUCCGUGGUGGCCUCUCUUUGGUUUCCACAAGCGAACACCACCUCCCAACCCCAAAGCGUUUGACGAUGUCCAUAUCAUUUUCGACUGGUCACCGCGACACAGACCCUGCAAGAUGAGCUGCAAAAAAGCACUCAGCACAAUCACCGCGUCUCCUUGUGGACACACCGGCAGCCAGAUGAACACAAUGGCAGUCUAUGGGGAAAUUGACGCAGGCUGCGGCGUCUACAGAUACAAACUUGAUGGUCCAGAGGAUGUUGUACCACCACCCCCCGAAAAAGAGCCAGAUCCGAUAAAGCCAGAGCUCUCAAAAAUCCACUGCUACAAAACAAAUGAGUUCGGCAAGCACGAUGAUGUAAACCCUCUGUUGCAGCGGUUGCUCAUCAACCCAGCAUGUAAACCGGCCAAAGGCAAGACCAUGCGUGAAGGCGACGACCCCAUUGUAUAUGAUACCACAAGCAAAGGGGCCCCAUAUUAUUAUGAAAUCAAAUGGAAGCACAAGUGCAAGAGUACUGUUAAAGAGUUGGAUCCGUAUCAUCCAGUUCCAGGUGAUAAAAGUGUCGUGUGCGAAAAACUGUUCUAUAGGGCUUAUAAAGAGUGCGAUAAUGGGGGUACUGGUGGUUCUUUCGACGUCGGGUGUCUGCGAUAUGACUUCGCCGGCAUGCCUAAGAAGUAG